GGUCGUUCGCUCGCUCCAUGUUGCCUCCUCUCCUGGUACCUGCUGCUGCCGCCGCCGCCGCCGCCGCCGCCGCCGCGCUCGGGGCUGCGGGAAAUGCGAGAGGCUGAGCCGAGGAGGAGUCGCAGGAGCAGCCGAGGCGGCGGCGGCGGCGGGAGGAGCCCCCUAGCAGCAGCAGCAGCAGCAGGAGGAGGAGGAGGAGAACGACGACAAGGAGGAUCCAUGUGUCUUUCCUGGUGACUAGGAUGUCGUCGGAAGAGGACAAGAGCGGGGAGCAGCCCCAGCCGCCGCCGCCGCCGCCGCCGCCGCCGCCGCCGCCGCCCCCAGAGGAGCCCGGAGCCCCGGCGGCCCCGAGCCCCGCAGCCGCAGACAAAAGACCUCGGGGCCGGCCUCGCAAAGAUGGCGCUUCCCCUUUCCAGAGAGCCAGAAAGAAGCCUCGAAACAGAGGAAGAACUGCAGUUGAGGAUGAUGAUAGUAUGGAUGGGUUGGAGACAGCAGAAACAGAAAACACCGUUGAAACAGAAGUCAAAGAACAAUCUGCGGAGGAGGAUGGUGAAACAGAAUUGGACAGCAGCAAGCAGCUAACACCAGCUCUCCAGCGCUCAGUGUCUAUGGAAUCCUCAAGCUCUACUGUUUCUGUUGGUGUAGAAGCUAAAAUCAGAGAACAACUAUGUGCUUUUUGUUACUGUGGUGAAAGAAGCUCAUUAGGACAAGGAGAAUUAAAACAGUUCUGUCCAACACCAGAAUUCAUCAUCCCCUGGAAAAAGCAACCUCUGAAUAAGAAGGACACUGAUGACAACAGCGAUGGAACGAAUGACAAAACACAAUACCCAGUGCCACGUAAACAAAGAGGACAGAGAAAAGAGCGAUCUCCUCGGCAGAGCAUAACAUCUUAUGUAAAUGUAAGCACCCAAACUGCUUCAGAUGAUCAGACUGGUAAAUUAUGGGACGAACUCAGUCUGGUUGGCCUUCCAGAUGACAUUGAUUUCCAAGCCUUAUUUGAGUCCACUGGUCACUUUUGGGCUCAUCACCGUUGCGCAGAAUGGUCUCUGGGAGUAUGCCAGGCAGAAGAACAGGCAUUAAUGAACGUGGACAAAGCUGUUGUCUCAGGGAGCACAGAACGAUGUGCAUUUUGUAAGCACCUUGGAGCCACUAUCAAAUGCUGUGAAGAAAAAUGUACCCAGAUGUACCAUUACCCUUGUGCUGCUGGAGCAGGCACUUUUCAGGAUUUCAGUAAUUUCUCCCUUCUCUGUCCAGAACACAUUGACCAGGCUCCUGAAAGAUCUAAGGAAGAAGCAAACUGUGCUGUGUGUGAUAGUCCUGGAGACCUUGUAGAUCAAUUCUUUUGUACUACUUGUGGCCAGCAUUACCAUGGAAUGUGCCUGGAUAUAGCAGUCACACCAUUAAAGCGAGCAGGUUGGCAGUGUCCUGAUUGCAAAGUGUGCCAGAACUGCAAGCAUUCUGGAGAAGAUAGCAAGAUGCUGGUAUGCGAUACAUGUGACAAAGGAUAUCAUACUUUUUGUCUUCAACCAAUUAUGGAUUCUGUACCAACAAAUGGCUGGAAAUGCAAAAAUUGCAGAAUUUGUGCAGAAUGUGGCACUCGAACCAGCUCGCAGUGGCACCACAAUUGCCUUGUGUGUGACAGUUGUUAUCAACCACAAGAUAAUCUAUCCUGCCCUUUCUGUGGAAAGUGUUACCAACCAGACUUGCAGAAAGACAUGUUGCAUUGUCACAUGUGCAAAAGAUGGAUUCAUAUAGAAUGUGACAAACCAGCAGAUACUGAAUUAGAUUCACAGUUAAAAGAAGAGUAUGUCUGCAUGUAUUGUAAACAGUUAGGAGAUAUGGAUCCAGUUCAACCUUGUGAUGAAAUGGAGACUUCUGAACUAAUUCCCCAGCCUGUGACAGAUUCUGUUAAUGAAAUGGAAACAGAAAAACCCGAUGAAGGUUUGGCAUUUCUGGACCAAGCUGUGAAGAGUAAUUCUGUACAUCAAGAGUUAAUCCCUGAAAUUGUUCCAGUUGCUGUCCAUGAAGGUGAAGAAGAACUGACUAAUAUCAAGAAUGAUAAUUCAUCAGAAAGACUUAUAACAGGCAGUCCUCUAAUUCCUGAUCCCACACAUGAUAAAUUAAAUGCUGAUGUUCAAAAUGAAGUUUCACAUCAAGCUGAUGAAGAUGAAAUGGAAACAUCUGACAAAAUGGUAGAAGCCAUUUAUGAUGAAAGUCAAAAUCAAAAUAAGAUGGAAGUGACAGAAAAUGAUUUCACACUGACAAAAAUGAAGGUUUCACAAAAUGAAGAAGAGCCACAGGCCUUACAAGAGUCCCACACAGCAGGACCUAUUGAAGAAUCACCAUCUCCACAGUUAACACCUGAAAAUAUUACUGCAGUCUCAGAAGUUUCACCAUCUAUAUGUAUAGAAAAAACUGUUCUAAUUACAACGAAUGAAUUGGGAAUAGAAAAGUUUCAAGGAGAAAUUGAAAAAGAUGAAAUCUCUGAAGUUUCAUCUAGUAUUGUAGAAAUGGAAUCUGUCCCUAGCUUUGACAGUUGUUUAAAAGUUAGUUCACCUCCAGAAGAAAAACUCAUAAAAUCACCAUCUGAGACAGAUUCAGCAUUUUCAUCCACAGCUGAUAUAAGCAAGAGAAAUAUGUGUUCCCCUUCCUUAGUAUCUUUAGACUUGACAUCGACAAAUGAUAUGCUUCAUAAUGAACCUUCAAAUUUACAUUGUUCUGCUGGAAACAUUAUGCCAACAACUUAUAUCUCAGUCACUCCAAAAAUUGGCAUGGGUAAACCAGCUAUUACCAAAAGAAAAUUUUCUCCAGGGAGACCUCGGUCAAAACAGGGGGCUUGGAGUACCAAUAAUACCGUGAGCCCACCUUCCUGGUCCCCAGACAUUUCAGAAGGUCGGGAUAUUUUUAAACCCAGACAGCUUACUGGAAGUACCAUUUGGAGCAUCAAAGUGGGUCGUGGAUCUGGAUUUCCUGGGAAAAGAAGACCACGGGGUGCAGGACUUUCAGGACGAGGCGGGCGAGGUAGAUCCAAACUCAAAAGUGGGAUUGGAGCUCUUGUUCUUCCAGGGGUCACUUCUAUGGAUAUUUUAUCAUGUAAAGAUGAAGAAGAAAAUUCCAUGCAUAACACAGUAGUUCUGUUUUCUAGCAGUGACAAAUUUACUUUACAUCAGGAUAUGUGUGUAGUUUGUGGAAGCUUUGGCCAAGGGGCAGAAGGAAGGCUACUUGCAUGUUCUCAGUGUGGUCAGUGUUACCAUCCAUACUGUGUCAGUAUUAAGAUCACCAAAGUCGUACUUAGUAAAGGCUGGAGGUGUCUGGAAUGUACAGUUUGUGAAGCUUGUGGCAAGGCUACUGAUCCAGGACGACUUCUUCUUUGUGAUGACUGUGACAUAAGCUAUCACACUUACUGCCUGGAUCCUCCAUUGCAAACUGUUCCCAAAGGAGGCUGGAAGUGUAAAUGGUGUGUUUGGUGCAGACAUUGUGGAGCAACAUCUCCAGGUCCACGAUGUGAAUGGCAAAACAAUUAUACACAGUGUGCCCCAUGUGCAAGUUUAUCUAUCUGUCCUGUCUGCUGUCGAAAUUAUAGAGAAGAGGAUCUUAUUCUGCAAUGCAGACAGUGUGAUAGGUGGAUGCAUGCAGUCUGCCAGAAUUUAAAUACUGAGGAUGAAGUAGAAAAUGUAGCUGAUAUUGGGUUUGAUUGUACUAUGUGCAGACCCUAUAUACCUACAGCAAACGUGCCUUCCUCAGACUGCUGUGAAUCAUCAGUUGUAGCACAAAUUGUUACAAAAGUAAAAGAGCUAGAUCCCCCGAAGACCUACACACAGGAUGGAGUUUGUUUGACCGAAUCAGGAAUGUCUCAAUUACAGAGCCUUACUGUUACAGUUCCAAGAAAAAAGCGGUCUAAACCAAAGUUGAAACUAAAGAUCAUAAACCAGAAUAGUGUAGCUGUUCUCCAAACACCCCCAGACAUCCAGUCAGAGCAUUCAAGGGAUGGUGAAAUGGAUGAUAGUAGAGAAGGUGAUCUUAUGGAUUGUGAUGGGAAAUCAGAUUCUAGUCCUGAGCGCGAAGCUGUGGAUGAUGACCCUAAGGGUGUAGAAGGAACCGAUGGAAUCAAAAAAAGAAAACGAAAACCAUAUAGACCAGGUAUUGGUGGCUUCAUGGUACGCCAAAGAAGUCGAACUGGGCAAGGAAAAACCAAACGAUCUUUGACAAGAAAAGAUUCUUCAGGUUCUGUUUCUGAACAUUUACCUGUCAGAGAUGAUGGUUGGAAUGAACAGUUACCAGAUACUCUGGUUGAUGAAUCUAUUCCUAUCUCUGACAGCACUGAGAAAAUAAAGAAGAGAUACAGAAAAAGGAAAAAUAAGCUUGAAGAAACUUUUCCUGCAUAUCUGCAGGAAGCUUUCUUUGGAAAAGAUCUUCUAGAUACAAUUAGGCAAAACAAGCUGUGCCUAGAUAACUUGUCAGAAGAAUCAGCAUCUCAGCUACCUUGUAAAACUAAUAUGAACACAAACUUUUUAGAUCCAUCUUCUGAUCCCUUGCUUAGCUCAACCUCAACUCCAGUGAAACCAGGAACUCAAGGUAAUGCUGAUGAUCCAUUAGCUGACCUCUCAGAUGUAUUAAACACAGAAGAUGAUAUUCUAGGAAUACUUUCUGAUGAUUUAGUAAAAUCUGCAGACCCUUCUGGUCUUGAUUUAUGCACUUUCCAGGUUGAGAACUCACCUUCCCCAUUUGCUGGCCUAGAUAUUGGUUCCAUCUCUGAUGAUCCUUCCUCUUUGCCUCAGCCAAACGUUAAUCAAAGUUCACGACCACUGAGUGAAGAACAAUUAGAUGGCAUCCUCAGUCCUGAACUAGACAAAAUGGUCACAGAUGGUAAAAUAUUUGCCCUACAUCUAGGCUUUCUAAAAGACAUGAGAGCAAUUCUUGGAAAAUUGUAUAAAAUUCCAGAGCUUGGAGGAAAAGAUGUUGAAGACUUAUUCACUGCUGUACUGAGUCCUGCUACUACUCAGCCAACUCCACUGCCACAACCUCCUCCACCACCACAUUUACUUCCAUUACACAAUCAGGGAGAUGGUGUUUUUUCUCGGGUGCCACUUAUGAAUGGCCUUAUUGGACCUAAUCCUCAUCUUCCACAUAAUUCUUUGACUCCUGGAAAUGGAUUAGGAAAUUUCUCUUCUAUAACACAAUCCCCUUAUACUGAUACCAGGGAUAAAAAUCCUGUUCUGAAUCCGAUGGGAAGUGAUCCUCAUAGCUCCUGGCCAUCAUCAGUCCCUACAAUGGAAAGUGAAAGUGAUACUUUGUCUAACACCCAGAGAAGCACUCUCAAGUGGGAGAAAGAAGAGGCACUGGGGGAAAUAGCAACAGUGGCACCUGUUCUCUACACCAACAUCAAUUUUCCCAACCUCAAGGAAGAAUUCCCAGAUUGGACCACAAGAGUGAAGCAGAUUGCUAAAUUGUGGAGAAAAGCAAGUUCACAGGAAAGAGCUCCAUAUGUGCAAAAAGCAAGAGAUAACAGAGCUGCUCAACGUAUUAAUAAAGUACAGAUGUCAAAUGAUUCCAUGAAGAGGCAGCAACAGCAGGAUAGUAUCGACCCUAGUUCUCGUAUUGAUUCAGAUCUAUUUAAAGAUCCAUUAAAGCAAAGAGAAUCUGAACAUGAGCAGGAGUGGAAAUUCAGACAGCAAAUGCGACAAAAAAGUAAACAGCAAGCAAAAAUUGAAGCCACACAGAAAUUGGAACAAGUGAAAAAUGAACAACAGCAACAGCAGCAGCAGCAGCAGCAGCAGUUUGGUUCCCAAUCACUUGUGAACCAGUCUGGGUCUGACACUCCUAGCAGUGGAAUACAAAGCCCUUUAACUCCUCAGCCUGGUAAUGGAAGUAUGUCUCCUGCACAGUCAUUCCACAAAGAUCUGUUUACCAAACCACAGCUCCCUGGACCCCCGACUACAGCAGCUUCAGAUGAUGUAUUUCUAAAACCCCAAGCUCCUCCUCCUCCUCCUCCUCCAGCCCCUGUCCGCAUCCCAGUGCAGGAAGCCCUUCCUCAAACUCAAACUUCUCCAUCACCAUCCUCACACAUGUUUUCAUCAGGUUCUUCAAGCUCACAGCCUCCCUCUCCAGUGGAUCCUUAUGCUAAAAUGGUGGGAACCCCUAGACCACUUCCAGCAGGUCCGAAUUUUCCUCGAAGAAAUUCUGUUGGACCAGUAGAAACCUGCACAACUCCCUUGUCUCGUUCCAUUCAAGUAACUGAAACAACAGCAAGUAGGCUUUCAUCUGCCAGGGAUGUGUGUUCUUCCUCUUCAGCUAGUAGUGACCCCUAUGCAAAACCCCCAGAUACACCUAGGCCUGUGGUGACAGAUCAAUUUUCUAAACCCUUGGGCAUACCGAGGUCUCCCAUUGUUAUGGAACAAACUGGAAAAGGCCCUUUAACAGCAGCUGGAACGAAUGAUCCCUUCACUAAACCAUCUCCUAGGCCAGAUAGGUUUCAAAGACAAAGGAUGCCUGAUCCAUAUACACGACCCCCUCUGACACCUGCCCCUGUUGAUAGUAGUACUGGACCUUUUAAACCUCCCAUGCACCCUCCUCAACCCCAACAGGAUCCUUUUGGAUCAGUGCCACAAACACCAAGAAGAAUGUCUAUUGACCCCUAUGAAAGGCCUGUUUUGACACCAAGGCCAGUAGACACUUUUGCCCAUAGUCAGUCUAGUGAUCCUUAUAGCCAGCCUCCUCAUACUCCACAUCCUGCAAUGAAUGACUCUUUUGCCCAUCCUUCAAGGGCUUUUUCUCAGUCUGGGGCUAUGUCCAGGCAAACUUCUCAGGACCCUUAUUCACAGCCUCCAGGAACUCCUCAUCCUCUCGCAGAUGCUUUUUCCCAGUCCUCAGGAACACCUCGACCCAUCAAAGAUCCCUAUUCCCAACCUUCUGCAACUGCACGACCUACCACUAUUGAUCCAUAUAUUCAGCAGUCUUCUACCCCCAUGCCCUCUGCACAGGCAGAUUUAUUUGUUUCAUCACCAGGUAAUCAAAGACAUUCUGAUCCUUAUGCCCAUCCUCCUGGAACACCACGACCUGCCAUCCCUGUUCCUUAUUCACAGGGAUCAGCACUUCCAAGGCCAGGGAUUCCAGAAAGUUUUACUAGAUCCCCAAUGACAAGACCAGGGCUUGUGCCAAAUCAAGAUACUUUCCUCCAGGCAACACAAAACAGAGGACCAACUUUAUCAGGGACUUUUGUAAGGUCAUCAGAUGCAUGUUCUCAAACACCAAGACCACCAGGUCCUGCUUUGUCAGAAACUUUUAGUCAUGUUCCUCCAUCCCCUGCUCAUGACCCUUAUGAUCAGCCUCCAAUGACUCCAAGACCUCAAUCUGAUUCCUUUGGAACUAGUCAGAUCAGCCAUGAUGUUGUCGAUCAGCAAAGACCAGGAUCAGAAGGGAAUUUUAAUGCAUCUUCAAAUUCUCCAAUGAAUUCUCAAGGGCAGCAAUUUUCUACUGUCCCCCAAAUUCCUGGUCCAGCACCAACUUUAGCGGUAACAGAUACACAGAAUACCAUAAAUAUGUCUCCAGCAGAUACAGAAAAGCUCAGACAGAGGCAGAAGUUGCGUGAAAUCAUUCUUCAGCAACAACAACAGAAAAAGAAUGCUAUACGGCAAGAAAAAGGAUUACAAGACCCUGGGUCCCUGCAACACUGGCAACCAGAAAAUCUCAACCCGAUGUUUAAUAGACCACCACCUCCUUAUCCUGGGAACAUUCGAGCUCCUGUUGUUCCCCCUGGUGGGCCUAGAUUUCCCCUUUUCCCAAAAGAACGAGGACCAUUUCCUUCUGAUGUUCCUGGCAUGGGAAUAAGGCAUCAUGGGUUAAGAUUUGGAUUCCCAGGUGGGGGCCAUGGUCCACCAUCAAGUCAGGAACGUUUCCUUGUACCACCUCAGCAAAUGCAGGGCCCUGGUGUUCCUCCACAGCUUCGAAGAUCAAUGUCUGUAGAUAUGCCUAGGCCCUUGAGCAACUCACAGAUGAAUAAUCCAGUUGGACUUACACCACAUUUUCCACCACAGGGUAUGCAAGUUCAACAGCAUAACAUCCUGGGUCAAGCAUUUAUUGAAUUGAGGCACCGGGUCCCUGAUGGAAGACCCCGGCUUCCCUUCAACAUUUCUGCUAAUAAUGUCAUGGAACCAACUUCCCAACACCAUCGACAUGGGAACCUUAUACCACGGACAGACUUUCAAGGUCCAAGACCCACAGAUCCAGUCAGGCGGACAUCUCAGUGUAUACCUAGUCAGACAUUGGUGUCUACAAAUUUGGACCAUAUACCAUCAUCUCAGCAAGAGUCGGGCCAAACUGCCCACCCUUCUUCUCUCGUCAUGCGCUCUCUGAGUCUUCCUUCAGGAAAUGAUUUUGCAGGGUCUUCGCUGCCAACUCCAUUAUCAACUGAUGAAUCUAGUAAUUUACAAAUGCCCAGCCAACCCACUGAUAAUCUAGAAGAAAAGCUUGAUCCUGAUGAUCCUUCUGUAAAAGAUUUGGAUGUCAAAGAUCUCGAAGGGGUUGAAGUCAAAGAUUUGGAUGAUGAAGAUCUUGAAAAUUUAAACCUGGACCCAGAAGAUGGCAAAGGAGAUGAGUUAGAUACCCUAGGCAAUUUGGAAACAAAUGAUCCCAACCUUGAUGACCUCUUGAGAUCGGGAGAAUUUGAUAUUAUUGCAUAUACAGAUCCUGAACUUGAUCUGGGUGAUAAGAAAAGUAUGUUUAAUGAGGAAUUGGAUCUAAAUGUACCAAUCGAUGAUAAAUUAGAAAUGCAGUGCAAAACUGAGGAACCAAAAAAGGAUGACAAAAUUGACAGGAAUGUAAUUUCUUCUGAUAAACUUUCUCCAAAGAAAAAGUCUACUAUUGUGAAUGAGAUAAAAACAGAAGUACUCUCUCCACAUUCACAAGAAGAAGCAAAAUCUGAAAAAGAGAAAAGUGAAAACAGUACCAAUACUGCCUGCACCCAGCUUUCUACUGAAACUGAAUUAAAUGAAGUAGAAAAGGCUUCUUCAAUAUCUUGUGAUCAAGAUAGAAUUGAUAAUAGGACUAAUCAGGAAACUGUUGGGUUAAACACACAUGUACAAGGAUCUACUCAGAUGCCUUCUCAAGAUGUAACAAGUGCCUGUAGCAUUACUGAGUCUACUCCAGUUCUCUCAAGUUUACUUGCUAAUGAGAAAUCUGAUAAUUCUGACAUACAGCCAUUGGCGUCUCCUCCACCUUCUUUGCCAGAUACUCAAUCUAAUCAUGUGUCAAGUUUGCCUACAACUUUAAUACCACCUUCUGGACCAGUUUUGGACCAUACAAUGAAUUCUAAUAUGACUGUGGUCUCCAGAAUGAACCAUACUUUUUCUCAAAGUGUAAAUGUAAAUCCAGGAUUCAUCCACAAUCAGCCAGCAAAUCAUAGUUUUGGGACUGGACAAUCUAACAAUCAAGCUGUUUCUGUAGCAAAUCCAUCUGGUCCAAGUAGCAUGUCUGGACCCCAGCAGUUAUUGCUUCCUCAGACAUUAGCUCAGCAGAAUAGAGAAAGACCUCUUCUACUUGAGGAACAACCACUUCUUCUCCAGGACCUUUUGGAUCAAGAGAGGCAGGAACAACAACAGCAGAGACAGAUGCAAGCCAUGAUUCGCCAGCGAUCUGAACCAUUCUUCCCCAAUAUUGAUUUUGAUGCAAUCACAGAUCCUAUAAUGAAAGCAAAAAUGGUAGCUCUUAAAGGGAUUAAUAAAGUAAUGGCUCAAAAUAAUAUGGGGAUGCCACCAAUGGUCAUGAACAGAUUCCCCUUUAUGUCUGGGACACAAAGUAGUGAAGGCCAGAAUCUUUCCCAGCAGACAAUUGCUCAGGAUGGCAGUUUAACACCUCAGAUUUCUAGGCCUAAUCCUCCAAAUUUUGGUCCAGGAUUUGUCAAUGAUUCACAAAGAAAGCAGUAUGAAGAAUGGCUUCAAGAUACCCAGCAGCUUCUCCAGAUGCAACAGAAAUAUCUUGAAGAACAAAUUGGACUGCACAGAAAAUCUAAAAAGGCUCUUUCUGCUAAGCAGCGUACUGCCAAAAAGGCUGGUCGUGAAUUCCCAGAAGAAGAUGCAGAACAAUUGAAGCAUGUUACAGAGCAGCAGAGUAUGGUCCAAAAACGGCUAGAACAGAUUCGUAAACAACAAAAAGAACAUGCUGAGCUCAUUGAGGAUUAUCGAAUCAAACAGCAACAGCAAUGUGCAAUGGCCCCACCUGUCUUGAUGCCAGGAGUCCAGCCUCAGCCCACAAUGGUUCCUGGAGGGUCACCAUCAACAAUAAGUCAGCCAAAUUUUCCAAUGGCAUCACAGCAGCUUCAACACCAACAGCAUACAUCUAUUAUUCCUAGUCAAUCCAAUCCUGCAAGAAUGCCAAAUUUGCCAGGUUGGCAACCUACAAGUACCCCUCCUCGUCUCCCUGUAAAUGCUUCAAGGAUACAGCCUCCAAUGCCUCCAAUACCUAUAAAACCUAAUGCUUCAGCUCCAGGGUCAACUUCAAAUCCAAAUCCACAGGGUGGCCCACCUCCCAUAGUAGAAUUUGAUGACAAUAACCCCUUUAGUGAAAGUUUUCAAGAGCGAGAACGUAAGGAACGUUUACGAGAACAACAGGAAAGACAAAGAAUUCAACUCAUGCAAGAAGUGGACCGGCAGAGAGUUUUGCAACAGAGGAUAGAAAUGGAACAGCAUGGCAUGAUUGGAUCAGAAUUGAAUAAUAGGUCUUUGUCCCAGAUUCCAUAUUUCAAUUCUGACUUACCCUGUGAUUUCAUGCCACAUCCUAGACCCCUUCCACCGUCUCCACAACAUCAACAGCAAAUAGGGCAGGUACUACAACAGCCAGGUAUACAACAGGGAUCUGUGAAUUCACCCCCUAAUCAAACUUUUAUGCAGACUAAUGAAAGACGGCAUAUGGGUCCUGCACCUUUUGGGCCUGACCCAUCAUUAGUUCCUGGUGGUGGUCCAAGUUUCCAUUCUGUCAAACAGCCACAUGGAAAUCUUUCUGGGAGCAAUUUUUCACAAGGCCAAAUAAGACCUUCCUUUCCUCCUGGAAUGCCAACAACACCACAGACAGCUAAUAGUGGUCUUCCAUGUGGACAGGAGACUACAGUGCCCCACAUUCAAAACUAUCCUGGAUCAAGCCAGUCUCUUAUUCAGUUGUAUUCUGAUAUAAUUCCAGAAGAAAAAGGGAAAAAGAAAAGAAUAAGAAAAAAAAAGAAAGAUGAUGAUGCGGAGUCAACAAAGGCACCAUCAACUCCACAUUCAGAUAUAACUGCCCCUCCAACUCCAAGUAUUUCAGAGCCUACCUCAACCCCAACAAUGGUCACACCCAGUGAACUUAACCCUCAUCCCAUAGAUCCAGAGUCAUCAGAACCCCCUGGCUCUUCAACUACUAAUGAGGAGAUAAAUCAGCCAUCUUCAGAAUUAGAAGACAAUCUUUCCAAUAGUGGUUUUUCUCAGAGGAAUCCACAUCAUCAGUCCACUGAAGACUCAGAAUCUGUAAAGUUCACCUUGGAAGUCUCUAAAAAUAUUCAAGAAAUUAAACUGGAAAAGGCUGAGGCAGAACAAUGCCCUGGCCAAACUGAGCCCAAACUGGAGGAUCAAACUGGCAUUAAAAUAGAAGAAAAAGUUGUCUUAUCAGCCUCAUGUCCUACACAGUUAGUAAGUGUUCCUCCCUCAAAAGGAGAUUCAGGGAAUGAGCUUUUGAAACAUUUAUUGAAAAAUAAAAAGACAUCUUCCCUUUUAAAUAAAAAAUCUGAUGAUAACUUGAGAUUAGAAGAAGAACGUUCUGGCAAUACCAAAUUAAAUGAGAAACAUAAAUCAACUGAAGGUCUGCCAAUUCCAGGAAAUCAGAUACAAGCUGGUCUUGGAUGUGGAAAUAACUUGCUGACCAAAACAGAUUUACUAAGUGAAACCAAGAAGCAACGAAACAAACGGACUCAGAGGACUGGAGAAAAGGGAGCACCUCGUUCUAAGAAAAGAAAGAAGGAUGAAGAGGAAAAACAGUCUCUUUAUUCUAACACAGAAACAUUUGCCCACUUGAAACAGCAGCUCUCUCUGCUUCCUCUAAUGGAACCAAUCAUUGGAGUGAAUUUUGCACACUUUCUUCCUUAUGGCAGUGGCCAAUAUAAUAGUGGAAAUCGCCUUCUAGGAGCUUUUGGCAGUGCCACCCUUGAAGGGGUCUCAGAUUACUAUUCUCAAUUGAUCUACAAGCAGAACAACUUGAGUAACCCUCCCACACCUCCAGCUUCUCUCCCUCCUACUCCUCCUCCUGUCACCUGUCAAAAGAUGGCAAAUGGCUUUGCAACUACAGAGGAACUUGCUGGCAGAGCUGGAAUGUUAGUGGGCCAUGAUGUUACCAAAGCUCUUGGGCCUAAACAGUUUCCACUGCCCUUCAAACCACAGGAUGACCUCCUGGUCAGAGCUAUGGCCCAGGGCCCCCCCAAGACUGUGGAUGUUCCUGCUUCACUUCCAACACCCCCUCAUAACAACCAAGAAGAAUUAAGGGUACAGGAUCCAUGUAAUGAUAGGGAUACUCCUGAGAGUUUUGUUCCAUCUUCUUCUCCUGAAAGUGUGGUAGGAAUGGAAAUAAGCAGGUAUCCUGACCUGUCAUUGGUUAAAGAAGAACCUCCAGAGCCUGUCCCAUCUCCUGUCAUUCCAAUUUUGCCAAGCAGCACUGGAAAAGGUUCAGAAGCCAGACAAAAUGAUAUAAAAGCUGAGCCUGGUUCAGGCACCCUUUUUUUCACCUCUCCAUUUGGCCCAUCCCCAAAUGGGCCUAAAUCUGGCCUUAUAUCUGUGGCAAUCACUCUACAUCCCACAGCUGCUGAGAAUAUUAAUAGUGUUGUGGCUGCAUUUUCCGAACUUCUGCAUGUACGAAUUCCUAACAGUUACGAAGUCAGUAAUACUCCAGAUAUUCCUUCCCACAUGGCCUUGAUAAAUGGCUCCCGUGUAAACCCUGGCUUAGAAUAUCGGCAGCAGUUACUCCCACAUGCUCCUCCACCAGUAUCCAUAAGCCAUGGAAGACUAGUAGGCUCUUAUAAACUCAAACAACCAAAUAUGCCAUUUCCUCCAACAAGCAAUGGUUUAGCUGGUUAUAAGGAUCAUAAUCAAAAUAUUGCUGAUAACCCUGCACUCAGACCACAGUGGUGUUGUCAUUGUAAAGUGGUCAUUCUUGGUAGUGGUGUUCGGAAAUCUUUUAAAGGUCCAGGCUUUCUGAAACAGGAUUCCCAAGAAAGCUCUGAUAGAGGGGAAAAGGACAUUGUAUUUUGUAGUAAUAACUGUUUUGUUCUUUAUUCAACAACUGUACAAGGAAAAACCUCAGAACACAAGGAUUCCAUCCCCUCCUUGCCACACUCACCAACAAAAGAGAUGCCUCCUAAAGCAUUCCAUCAGUAUAAUACCAAUAUCUCCACUUUAGAUGUCCAUUGUCUCCCACAACUUCAGGAAAAAGUCUCUCCACCUGCAUCACCUCCCAUUACUUUUCCUCCUGCCUUAGAAGCAGCCAAAGUAGAGUCAAAGCCAGAUGAACUGAAAGUAACAGUAAAAUUGAAACCUCGUCUAAGAGCCAUCCAUAGUGCUUUUGAUGAUUGUAGACCACUAAGUAAGAAAUGGAAAGGGAUGAAAUGGAAGAAAUGGAGCAUUCAUAUUGUCAUUCCCAAGGGGACCUUCAAACCACCUUGUGAAGAUGAAAUUGAUGAGUUUCUGAAAAAACGUGGCACAUCCCUGAGACCUGAUCCUGUGCCUAAAGACUAUCGCAAGUGCUGUUUUUGUCAUGAAGAAGGGGAUGGACUAACAGAUGGGCCAGCACGGUUGCUUAACCUUGACUUAGAUCUGUGGGUCCAUUUGAACUGUGCCCUUUGGUCUACAGAGGUCUAUGAGACACAAGCUGGUGCCUUAAUAAAUGUGGAACUGGCCCUUCGGAGGGGCCUACAAAUGAAAUGUGUGUUCUGUCACAAAAUGGGCGCCACUGGCGGCUGUCACAGGUUUAGGUGCACUAACAUUUAUCACUUUACCUGUGCCAUUAAAGCACAAUGCAUGUUUUUUAAAGACAAAACAAUGCUUUGCCCCAUGCACAAGCCAAAGGGAACUCAUGAGCAAGAAUUAAGUUAUUUUGCAGUCUUUCGAAGGGUCUAUGUCCAACGUGAUGAGGUUAGGCAGAUCGCUAGCAUUGUGCAGCGUGGAGAACGUGACCACACUUUCCGAGUAGGAAGCCUCAUCUUCCACACAAUUGGUCAGCUGUUACCCCAGCAGAUGCAAGCAUUCCAUUCUUCGAAAGCUCUCUUCCCUGUUGGAUAUGAAGCUAGCCGACUAUACUGGAGUACGCGGUAUGCAAAUAGACGUUGUCGCUAUUUAUGUUCUAUUGAAGAGAAGGAUGGACUUCCCAUAUUUGUGAUCAAAAUUGUGGAGCAAGGCCAUGAAGAUCUUGUUCUUACUGAUACCUCUCCUAAAGGUGUUUGGGAUAAAAUUCUGGAGCCUGUUGCAUGUGUUCGAAAAGAAUCUGAAAUGCUUCAGCUCUUUCCUGGGUAUUUAAAAGGAGAAGAUCUGUUUGGUUUAACAGUCUCUGCUGUGGCAAGAAUAGCUGAAUCACUUCCUGGGGUUGAGGCAUGUGAAAACUAUACCUUCCGAUAUGGCCGGAACCCUCUCAUGGAACUUCCUCUUGCCAUUAACCCCACGGGCUGUGCCCGUUCUGAACCUAAAAUGAGUACUCAUGUCAAGAGGUUUGUGUUAAGGCCUCACACCUUGAAUAGCACCAGCACCUCGAAAUCCUUUCAGAGCACAGUCACGGGAGAGUUGAACGCCCCUUACAGCAAACAGUUUGUCCAUUCCAAAUCCUCUCAAUACCGGAAAAUGAAGACUGAAUGGAAAUCCAACGUAUAUUUAGCACGGUCUAGGAUUCAGGGACUAGGCUUAUAUGCUGCUAGAGACAUUGAAAAGCACACCAUGGUCAUUGAAUACAUUGGAACCAUCAUCCGAAAUGAAGUAGCAAACAGAAAAGAGAAGCUUUAUGAGUCUCAAAAUCGGGGAGUGUACAUGUUCCGCAUCGAUAAUGAUCAUGUCAUUGAUGCCACAUUGACAGGAGGGCCUGCAAGGUAUAUCAACCAUUCAUGUGCACCUAAUUGUGUGGCUGAGGUGGUGACUUUUGAAAGAGGACAUAAAAUCAUCAUUAGUUCUAAUCGAAGAAUCCAGAAAGGGGAAGAACUUUGUUAUGACUAUAAGUUUGAUUUUGAAGAUGACCAGCACAAGAUUCCAUGUCACUGUGGAGCUGUAAACUGCCGGAAAUGGAUGAACUAAAAUGCAUUCCUUGAUAUCUCAGAGGGCUGCUUGACCCUAGGAAGACACGAUUCAACACAAUUGAAUUUUCUGAACAGAAAAGGUUUUUUUAUGUUUGUUUGUUGUAUGAUUUAAAUCGCUUUUGGGAGUUGUGCUUUCUACAUGUAGUCCUUGGGUUAAGAAGCACCAGAAGGAAGCUAGCUCAGGCAGACUUCCCAAAGCUAAAUUACAGAUGGUCCAGCACCUUUGCUUUUGAGCUUCUUGAGGAGAAACUUUGACUGGGGUAGAGCCGAUGGCUGUCCUGCUCCAUGGCAGGGGAAGGGUAGGAGGGGAGGGGGCCUCCUAUGAAUGUAAGACUGAAAUCACCAGCGAAAGGGAGACGUCCAAAGUGCUGGCCACAGCCUUAUUUGAUAAAGGGGCAGGCCCUCUAAUUAAAAGAAAAUUUUAAAUAAAGUAGACACCACUGAACAAGGAAUGUACUGAAAUGACUUCCUUAGGGAUAGAGCUAAGGGAUAAUAACUUGCACUAAAAUACAUUUAAAAUACUUGAUUCCAUGAGUCAGUUUAUUGUAGUUUUUGAUUUCUGUAAAAUAAGAGAAACUUUUUGUAUUUAUUAUUGAAUAAGUGAAUGAAGCUAUUUUUAAAAAACAAAAGUUAGAAGAAAGCCAAGCUGCUGCUGUUACCUGCAGAACUAACAAACCCUGUUACUUUGUACAAAUGUGUAAAUAUUUUGAGAAGAAAAUUACAGUAUAAAAAAUAGUUAUUGACCAAAUGCUACCAGGCUCUGCAGCAGCUCGGGUGCUUAUACAAUGUUGAUGGGGAUGUUACAAUAUGAUCUCGUGUUACUAAACAUGCCAUUAUAACAAUUAUGUAGUAACCAAAAUUUCAACUUACAAAGCUUUUUUUGUUUGUUUUUCUGGAGGCCCGACUGUGUCACCUGUUAGUACUUCAUUGUCUCAUAUACUUUCAGGCUGGUAGAAAGACAGACUCACUCACAUACUAUGACAACUUUUCUAGAUGUUUUAAUAAUUGAGAUUAAUUUUUUUCAUAUUAUAUUGUUGCAUCCCUACUUCAGUCAGGUUUUUUUUGUGUGUGUGUGUGCUUACAAUUUGUGAUAACUGUGAAUAACUGCUUAAAAAAAUAAACCCACCCAAACUGAAGCUGAACUCCUCCUCCCCUACCCCUACCCCCCUUCCUGCAACAAAAGUAGUUUUAAUUAGGUCAUUGGUUCAGGCCACAAAUGAAUCAUGUAAACAUAAUAGGAUCAUGUAGAAAGAGAGCUUAAAAUUUUUCCCCAAAGCCUUCUAUUUAAGGAAAACACAUUUAAAAGGAAAAAAAAAAAGAAUUAUGUGUGCAGCUGCAGGACUCUGGCAACAGGGGUUUGGAAAAUGUAAUUUAAAGAUGUGUUUGUAUGGACUGUUUUUGUUUACAUUUCUUUUAUAAAAAAAUAAACACUGUUUGUGUUUGCUUGUAGAAACUUAAUCAGCAUUUUGAACCAGGUUAGCUUUUUAUUUUAUACUUAAAAUUCUGGUACUGACACUUCACAGGCUAAGUAUAAAAUGAAGUUUUUUUUUGUGUGCACAAUUAAAGUGGACUGUAAAACUGUUAGUAUAUCAGUGGUACAGUUCUAAACUUGUAUUGUAUAUGGCAUGAUGUAUUUUUAUCUUACAGAAUAAAUCAAUUGUAUAUAUUUUUCUCUUGAUAAAUAGUUGUAUGAAAUUGUUUCUUGAAUAUUUUUCUUCUCUUGUACAAAUAUUCCAACAUCCUACCAGUAUUUGUCUUACAGGAUUUUUUUUUUUCUGUUCUGUAUAAUAGUACCUAAUGUUGGCAAAAAAAAUUUUUUGAAUUUUUUGAAGUAUACAGAGUGUUAUGGGUUUUGGAAUUUGUGGAAACAGAUUUAGAGGAUCAGCAUUUACAAAUAAAAUAUUUUACAUCUAUAA